AUGAAGAGUGACCGGUCCAUGGAUAAACCUAUAGAUUUUAAACAUGAACAACCAGCUGAUAGAAGAGUGGACCAGGAGAGCUCAGAGGUUCCCAGUGGUCAGUCUGCCCAGCAGCAUCAAACACACCUGGACUCCAUAUUUAUGCUGCUGGAGGAGAACAUCGUCACUUUUGUGAAGAACGAGCUGAAGAAGAUGCAGAAGGUUCUGAGUCCAGAUGACCCAGAAUGCUUAGAGAGUCAGAGGGAGGAUGAGGAGGUGUCGGACGGUGAGGAGGAAGAGCAGAGGAGGAGCAGCAGAGACGCAUUUCUGAAGAUCACACUGCACUUCCUGAGGAGAAUGAAGCAGGAGGAGCUGGCUGACUGUCUGCAGAUCAGAAGUCCUGCUGCAAAGUGUCGACGUAAACUCAAGUCUAACCUGCAGAAGAAGUUCCAGUGUGUGUUUGAGGGGAUCGCUAAAGCAGGAAACCCAACCCUUCUGAAUCAGAUCUACACACCGCUCUACAUCACAGAGGGAGGGACUGCAGAGGUCAAUGAUGAACAUGAGAUCAGACAGAUUGAAACAGCAUCCAGGAAACCAGACAGACCAGAAACAUCAAUCAGACAAGAAGACAUCUUUAAAGCCUCACCUGGAAGAGAUGAACCAAUCAGAACAGUGAUGACAAAGGGAGUGGCUGGCAUUGGGAAAACAGUCUUAACACAGAAGUUCACUCUGGACUGGGCUGAAGACAAAGCCAACCAGGACAUACACUUCACAUUUCCAUUCACUUUCAGAGAGCUGAAUGUGCUGAAAGAGAAAAAGUACAGCUUGGUGGAACUUGUUCAUCACUUCUUUACUGAAACCAAAGAAGCAGGAAUCUGCAGGUUUGAAGAGUUCCAGGUUGUGUUCAUCUUUGACGGUCUGGAUGAGUGUCGACUUCCUCUGGACUUCCAACACACUGAGAUCCUGACUGAUGUUACAGAGUCCACCUCAGUGGAUGUGCUGCUGACAAACCUCAUCAGGGGGAAACUGCUUCCCUCUGCUCGCCUCUGGAUAACCACACGACCUGCAGCAGCCAAUCAGAUCCCUCCUGAGUGUGUCUGCAUCGUGACAGAGGUCAGAGGGUUCACUGACCCACAGAAGGAGGAGUACUUCAGGAAGAGAUUCAGAGAUGAGGAGCAGGCCAGCACCAUCAUCUCCCACAUCAAGACCUCACGAAGCCUCCACAUCAUGUGCCACAUCCCAGUCUUCUGCUGGAUCACUGCUACAGUUUUGGAGGAUGUGUUGAAAAGCAGAGAGGGAGGAGAGCUGCCCAAGACCCUGACUGAGAUGUACAUCCACUUCCUGGUGCUUCAGUCCAAACUGAAGAACAUCAAGUAUGAUGGAAGAGCUGAGACAGAUCCACAUUGGAGUCCAGAGAGCAGGAAGAUGAUUAAGUCUCUGGGAAAACUGGCUUUUGAGCAGCUGCAGAAAGGCAACCUGAUCUUCUAUGAAUCAGACCUGACAGAGUGUGGCAUCCAUAUCAGAGCAGCCUCAGUGUGCUCAGGAGUGUUCACACAGGUCUUUAAAGAGGAAAGAGGGCUGUACCAGGACAAGGUGUUCUGCUUCGUCCAUCUGAGCGUUCAGGAGUUUCUGGCUGCUCUUCAUGUCCAUCUGACAUUCAUCAAGUCUGGAGUCAAUCUGCUGGCAGAACAACAAACAACAUCUCAGAUACGUUUCUACCAGAGAGCUGUGGACGAGGCCUUAAAGAGUCCAAAUGGACACCUGGACUUGUUCCUCCGCUUCCUCCUGGGUCUUUCACUGCAGACCAAUCAGACUCUCCUACGAGGUCUGCUGACACAGACAGGAAGUAGCUCACAGACCAAUCAGGAAACAGUUGCGUACAUCAAGAAGAAGAUCAGUGAGAAUGUGUCUGCAGAGAGAAGCAUCAAUCUGUUCCACUGUCUGAAUGAACUGAAUGAUCGUUCUCUAGUGGAGGAGAUCCAACAGUACCUGAGAUCAGGAAUUCUCUCCACAGAUAAACUGUCUCCUGCUCAGUGGUCAGCUCUGGUCUUCAUCUUACUGUCAUCAGGAAAAGAUCUGGAUGUGUUUGACCUGAAGAAAUACUCUGCUUCAGAGGAGGCUCUUCUGAGGCUGCUGCCAGUGGUCAAAGCCUCCAACAAAGCUCUACUGACUGACUCUAACCUCUCAGAGAGAAGCUGUGCAGCUCUGUCCUCAGUUCUCAGCUCCCAGUCCUCUAGUCUGAGAGAUCUGGACCUGAGUAACAACAACCUGCAGGAUUCAGGAGUGAAGCAGCUUUCUGCUGGACUGGAGAGUCCACACUGUGGACUGGAAACUCUCAGGCUGACUGACUGUAACCUCUCAGAGAGAAGCUGUGCAGCUCUGUCCUCAGUUCUCAGCUCCCAGUCCUCUAGUCUGAGAGAUCUGGACCUGAGUAACAACAACCUGCAGGAUUCAGGAGUGAAGCAGCUUUCUGCUGGACUGGAGAGUCCACACUGUACACUGGAAACUCUCAGCCUGCAGCCUGCUGGAGUCCGAUGCUUGACACCAGGUCUGAGGAAGUAUGCCUGUGAACUGGAACUGGAUUCAAACACAAUGAACAGAGAACUCAAACUGUCUGAUAACAACAGGAAGGUGACAUAUGUGAAGGAGGAUCAGUCAUAUCCUGAUCAUCCAGACAGAUUUGACUACAGGCCUCAACUGCUGUGUAGAAAUGUUCUGACUGGUCGCUGUUACUGGGAGGUCGAGUGGAGAGGAAACGUUGAUAUAUCAGUGAGUUACAGAAGAAUCAGCAGGAAAGGAGACAGUACUAACUGUUGGUUUGGAUGGAACGAUCAAUCCUGGAGACUGAGCUGCUCUGAUGGUCGUUACUCUGUACGUCACAAUAAGAGAGAAACACCCAUCUCCUCGUCCUCCUCCUCCUCCUCCUCCUCCUCCUCCUCCUCUGUCUCUAACAGAGUAGCAGUGUAUGUGGACUGUCCUGCUGGCACUCUGUCCUUCUACAGAGUCUCCUCUGACACACUGAUCCACCUCCACACAUUCAACACCACAUUCACUGAACCUCUGUGUGCUGGGUUUGGGUUCUGGACAUCUGGUUCCUCAGUCUCUCUGUAGGAGGGAGA